GCACCGGCGCGUGGUGCUGGCGCUGAUGUGCUUCCUCGGCUUCGGUAGCUAUUUUUGCUAUGAUAAUCCUGCUGCCCUUCAGACUCAGGUUAAACGGGAUAUGCAAGUGAAUACCACGAAAUUCAUGCUGCUAUAUGCCUGGUAUUCGUGGCCCAAUGUCAUUUUGUGUUUCUUUGGUGGCUUUUUGAUAGACCGAGUAUUUGGAAUAAGAUGGGGCACAAUUAUUUUUAGCUGCUUUGUUUGCAUUGGACAGGUUAUUUUUGCUCUUGGUGGAAUAUUUAAUGCUUUCUGGCUGAUGGAAUUUGGAAGGUUUGUGUUUGGGAUUGGUGGGGAGUCUUUAGCAGUUGCCCAGAAUACAUAUGCUGUGAGUUGGUUUAAAGGCAAAGAGUUAAAUCUGGUGUUUGGACUCCAACUUAGCAUGGCUAGAAUUGGAAGUACAGUAAAUAUGAACCUCAUGGGAUGGCUGUAUUCUGAGAUUGAAGCUUCUUUGGGUUCUACUGGUCACACAACCCUUGGUGUCACACUCAUGCUUGGGAGUAUAACCUGCCUUCUUUCACUCAUCUGUGCCUUCGCGCUCGCUUACGUGGAUCAGAGAGCAGAGAGAAUUCUUCAUAAAGAACAAGGAAAAACAGGUGAAGUUAUUAAAUUAACGGAUGUGAAGGACUUCUCCUUAGCCCUCUGGCUCAUAUUUAUCAUCUGUGUCUGCUACUAUGUUGCCGUGUUCCCUUUUAUUGGACUUGGGAAAAUUUUCUUUAUAGAGAAAUUUGAAUUUUCUUCCCAGGCAGCAAGUGCAAUUAACAGUGUCGUAUACGUCAUAUCAGCGCCCAUGUCCCCAGUCUUUGGGCUCCUGGUGGAUAAAACAGGGAGGAACAUCAUCUGGGUUCUGUGUGCAGUGGCGGCCACUCUCGUGUCUCACAUGAUGCUGGCCUUUACGAUGUGGAACCCUUGGAUUGCUAUGUGUCUUCUGGGAGUCUCCUAUUCAUUGUUGGCUUGUGCAUUAUGGCCGAUGGUGGCAUUUGUAGUUCCUGAGCAUCAGCUGGGAACUGCGUAUGGUUUCAUGCAGUCCAUUCAGAAUCUUGGAUUGGCAAUCAUUGCUAUCAUUGCUGGCAUGAUAUUGGAUAGUAGGGGAUAUCUGUUUUUAGAAGUCUUCUUCAUUGCCUGUGUUUCUUUGUCACUUUUAUCUGUGGUCCUCCUCUACGUGGUAAACCGUGCCCAAGGUGGGAAUCUAAAUUAUUCUGCGAGACAAAGGGAAGAAAUAAAACUUGCUCAUACUGAAUGAGAAGUGUAAAAGUCUGGGCUGUGAGACUGGGAUGCACACAUCAUUGGUUUGAAAACCUCUAUUUAAAAAAGAAUGUAUUUAUAGUUUAGGCAUUAGGAAAAAUAACGGACUGGCAAGUAAUGCUUCUAUUUCAAAUACACCGAUUGCAAAGUGUAUUUGUGAACAGGGUUUUAGCCUGUGUCCUGUUUAGUGGGUUGCUGGAGAAUUCUCCUUUAGCCUAAUCGAGAGUGAGCAGUUUAGAAAAUUGCUCCGCAGCAUCGAGGUGAACUUCAGCAAGGACAGUAUGAAAUGGAAAACAUUGGGUCUUGUACUGAGAUCAUUUUUACUAAGUAAAAUUGCCUUUGAUCAUACAGCAGAAAAAAAAAUACUUUUGAGUAUAAAAAUACUGUUUUAUAUAAAAUAAAUCAUGACAUUGUAAUAGGCAUUCCAUUUUGUGGCAGGGAAUAAUGAUAGGAAAUAUGCGAAAGAUUUUUUAAUCCACUCUCUUCACCACGAUUAGCAGAUGGCGCUUUGCACUCUGUGGUUAGUGAGGGCUAACCUCAGAUCCUUUGGAGUUUUUAUUUCUCUACGAAAACCUUAAUUCCUUAGGGAUAUACAUUUAUAGCACAAACUUUCUGUACAGUUAUUCCUAUAGUCUUGUUAAUAACUAAAAAGUGUCCUUCAAAUUAUGAUGGUAAUUGCUUAUCUAUGUGAAUAAAUAAAACACUAAAAAAGAAUA